AUGGCCGACCAGGAUGGACACACCACGCCACGCGCGUCCCCCGAGAAUGGUGACCCCCAGAAUGUUGAGCCCAACAAUGGCGGCAACAUGGACGGCACCCAUGAUGGCGGCCCCAAGGAUGGCGGCCCCAAGACUCCCUCGAGCGGCGAGAAGGGCAAGAAGAACAUGACCCAGAUUGAGCUGACUCCAAUCGAGUCCCUCCUCUUCUUCAACAUGGUUCGCUUCAAUGGCAAUCAUGACAAGAUUGAUUGGAACAUGGUUGCUGCUCAUUCCAACCUGAAGAAUGCCGCCUCUGCCAGGGUCCGCUUUCGCCAGAUCUUGAAGAAGCACGAUUUGAUGGAUCAUGCACCCGAAACUCCGCGAACCCAGGCCCAGAAGCGUAGGGCUGCCAAGAAGCCCGAGGAGGGUGAUGGUGAGGAUGAUGACGGAGAUUCUUCCUAUACCCCUAGCCUGGCCAUCAAGAAGGCAAGUGCACGCAAGCGGCCCGCUCGUAGUGGCGGCGGCGGACGUGCUAAGAAGCAGAAGGCGAUCGUCAAAGCCGAAGACAACGAGGAGGAGAAGAGUGAGGAGGUGGUUGCCGAGAGUGUUGUCGUGUCGACUGCUCCUGUGCGCCUGGCCGAGCCCGGCAACAAGGUCGAUAAGAAACCAGAGAUCGAGGCCAAGUCUAAGGCCGAGUCCAAGCCCAAGACCGAGUCUGAGCCCGACGCUGGCACUGGCAUCGCACUGCUCAACGACCACACUGUUGCAGGUGGUGUCGAUGGUGCCGACAGCGCCAGCCCCAACGAGAUGGCGCAAGGCCAGGCUUCUCAAGCCUUCAAUGCUGCCAUGCCUCAUCUCAAUGCCCCUGGCCACCGUCAGAGCCCUUUGCCAGCCAACAUGGCCAACAACCAGAUGAUGCAGAUUCAGGCCCCGUACCGCGGCCACGAUAUGUUCCCGGUGGUCAAUGAUGCCAACGAUCUCUUCGGCUAUGGCGAGCAAUUGGACCCACGUCAGCUUGCAGCCUGGCAAGCACGCCAGACUCGACAACCCCGGUCGCAGCAGUUGACCUACGAGCAGCGGUCCCGGCAGAUGGAGGAGGCCCAGUGGCGACAGUAUGGACGCUUCCAUGCUAUGCAGCAGAUGUGGCCCUUCGCCAGUGACAUGGGUGGCAUGGAUGUGGCCGGUGCCCAUCUCCCCCUUGAAACCAUGGCUCAGAUGCAGAUGAACGAGCAGUAUCCCGCUAAUGUCUACAAUGGCGGCGUUCUGUUCAAUCACCCACAGCUGGGAGAUGAUGGAAAUUAUGUCGAUGUUAAUCAUGCCAAUCCACGGGCCAAGCUCGAUGGCCAGGACGAGAGAGAGGCGGAGGUCGAUUUCGAGAGGGACAUCAAGGAAGAGGUUGAGGACGACGGUGAGGCCGAGGAGGAGUACAAGAAAGAGGAGGUCUAA